UUUUUUUUUUUGGUAAAAUAUUAAAAUUUAUACGAUUUUCGUUAUUGCAAGCAACUUAUUACAAAAAAAAGAAAGAAACAAGAUCAACCCAACCUAAUUAACAAGAACAAAAGGAGAGCAUCGCUCAAGGAGGACGGUAACAGAGGAAGCUGACUGCGGUCUGGCAGGGAGAGAGAGAGAAUGUGGUCUUUGAGGAGCCUGUCUAGCUGAAGAUGAAGACCCCGAUCAGAGGUUGUGACGGCGGUGAAAAUGCGUGCGUUUCUCUCCUUCCACACAAUAUAGCUGAUAGACUGGAAGAUGAGUUUCAUGAGAACGGUGGCAUUGUGACUAAUAGGAGAAUGAGGCUGUAGAAUCUAAGCCGCUGCAGCAUGGAGAUCUGAAGGAGGAUUAUCCCAGAUUUGCGAUGCAAAAGAUAUCCAAAGAGAAGAGGAAUAUUCACACUCAAAGAAGAGGUAAUGAUGAGUUUCUAAAUCUAAUGAGCCGAGAACACAGUCCCCGAUAACAUUUAAUCUCCAACGCAAAAGUCGGUCCUUAGUUGGUAGUUUAGAAGAGCAAGCCAAGCCAUGAAAGAGUUCCUUGGUAUAUUUUUUUUAAACCAAAUAGCUUUGCUCCAAAAUACAGUAGGAGAUUGUUUAUAUCUAUAAGCUUGGGGGGCACUUAAAGGGCAUGGUCGAUUUUACGCAAAGUUAUUCAUUUCACAUGAGUAAAGAAGCCUCCGUGCUACAAAACCCAAUAAGAUAAAUCAGUAAAGUUUAUCACAGAAAUAUAGUUAACGUCUCGUGUGUGUGCGACGAUCUUUUAGCUGUAUAAGAAUAUUAUAAGAUGUGUUACGAACUUAAAGUCAUAGAUUUUAAUUAUACCUUUUAGACCUAAAAGUCUUUAUAUACAUACUUGGAACAAGCUCCUGCAAUUUGGUUCAAUGUCAUAAGAGAUUAUUCUAACUGAUACAAUUUUAUUAUACUAACUAUUCGUCUUGUUUUGUAGCUUAGGAUUAUCAUUAGAAAGUGUGUAGAAUUAAAAAAAAUCAGAGAUAUAAAUUGGUGAUUUAAAAAAAAAAUAAUGACCGAGUGGCUAAAACUACUAUGAUGCAAAGUAUUAAAAAUUUAAACCGAUGCAAGAUAGUAAAUUAUACUAUCUCCAUUUUUAUUAGAUAAAUUUUAAGAUUUUGAGCACAGAUUAAGAAAAUAUUUAAUCUUUAUAUUUAAAAAAAAAACAUCAUUAGUUAUUUAUUUAAACACAAGUUAACCAAUAGUAAAAUCAAUUGUAGAAUAUAAAGUCAUAUCACAUAAAAAUUUAAUAAAUUUUUAAUUAAAAUUUGAAAAUGUAAUCCAAGUUUUUUUUUUUUGAAACACAAAAUGUAAUCUAGUUUGGAAUAAAAACUCUUCUAAAAUUUCAUGUAUCAAAAAAAAAACAGAAGGAAUACAUAGUAGAUGAAGAGAAUGAAACUUGUUCAAAAGUCUAAAACCAAACAAAAAUGUAACUUGUAUUUGUAUAGUGUAUGUACUAAAUUCAUUCACAAGUUUCACAAAACAUAUGUUUGUACAGUAAUCGGCUGUUUCACAUACUAGUUUUAAACACUGAAUGUAUAUAAUCAAACGUUUCCGAUCUAAAACACAUGCUUUCGUCUUUACCAAUCAAAUUCUGUGCUUAAUUUUCUUUGUCAACAUAAUUUUUGUUUUGUUUUCAGUAUGCUGAGUUGUUUACCAUUACUUAAUUUUGUUAUUAUUGAAUCCUUUCAACAUGCGUCACCGUGGAACGAGGGAGGCAUGACUUAUAUUGUUUUUACUUAUCGCACCGUCCGGUCUCCACUUAAUUAUUGUAAUAAACAAUGUAUAAAUCCCUGCCGUUUUUUUAGAAAGUGUAUAAGUUCCUGUCGUUUCAUAUGAAUUUGCUUGCCACUAGAGACGAGGGCCGAUUAGCAGUUUAGUACCAUAGAUCGUUACCUUUGCUAAUUGUUCUGACAUCAAAAUUUUGGAUUGUUAUAUUCGGCUGGUGUGCCCAAGUAUAUAAGUUUAUGGAAUAUAUCCCUACGUAUUUGAUCUUAUUAUAUAUUAUGUUGUUUAUACUGUUUUUUUUUUCUUAACAUUGAAUGAUUAAGACGGCUGGACUAAACUUUUCUGAACUUUUUUUCCAUGACAUCGAGAUGGAAUAUAUUAAAUGUGCGGGAUAAGCAUUUGAAAUAGAUUACUGUACAAACAUAUGUUUUAUCAGCUAUGCUAGUUUCACAAAACAUAUGUUUGUACAGUAAUCGGCUGAUAAUGCGUUCUUUUAAUUUGACCAAUACAAUUCUAGCAGCUAGUUUUUUAAACCCUCUAUUUUAUUUUAUCAACAGAAAAUGUGUUGUCAACCACCUAGCCAACAAAAAAAUAACCAAGUAGGUGAAAUUGUAACAUGGACAUCAAUUCCAAUAAAUUAUGAAAUUAUAUUAUAAAUAAAUAUUUAUUCUAGUUAUGUUCAACAUGCAUAAGUGCUAAUACCAUGUGAGGAAUUUAUGACCAUGCUACAACUCUCAUUCUUUAGCUUAUUUUAAUCGGUAAUACAUGAACAUUCAUAUAUAUAUAUAUAUAUAUAUAUAUGUGUGUGUGUGUGUGUGUGUGUGUGUGUGUGUGUGUGUGAUCAACCAGAAAACCCUAUGUUUUUUUUUUUGAUAAAGGGAUUUAACCAGAAAAAUGUUAUUAAAACUUUUGGUGAGAUGGUAUAUACAUGUAAAAGUAGUAUAUAAAUAGUUGGCAACAAUAUGGCAAAUCAAGAAUGGGAUAACGGCAAAAGUAUAAUUAGUUGGCACCAAUAUUCAAUCAAUGUACAGCCAACCUAUACAUACCAACUGAGUUCUGUUGUAUUUUUAAGGAAACCAACUGAGAUUUGUGUAAAUUAUAAAUUAUGUGUUGGUAUAUAUAAAAAUGUUGUAUGAAGAAUUCUACUACUACCAUUUUGGCCACUUAUUAUAUCUAACGUGAUGUAAACAAUUAUAUUUGUUUUAUAAGUUUAUUUGAUUAUGUAUACAGUUACAUAUAUACUAGUAUAUGUGUGUGUUUUUACAAACAGGAAUCCGUGACGCAGAAAGAAUGUAUUCUUGCGUUAGUAAGAGAUUUUCAUUUUGGGGACAUAUUUCUUGAAAACGAGUAGAGAUAUCACAACUGAAAAAUAUGUUGGUACCACCGGAUCUAUUAGCCUGGUUUAAACGUAGUUGGUGUUAUUGUCUUCCCAAUUUUUGAAAAUCUAAUAAAGAGCAUGUUUUUUAUCAUAUAGUAUUUGGUAUUAGCACAAAUCAUGUCUAGAGACGAAUUAUGAUAUAAGAAAAACUUUAAUGGAGGAUUCUCGACGUAAAAUUCUCAAAACAGAUACUUUGAUUGGAUUUUUCGUGUAUAUAUAUAUAUAUAUAUAUAUAUAUAUAUGUUGAGACCUUUGCGUUGAAAAUUCCCUUAAAGAUUACUCUUUUUUUUUUUUUUUUUUUUUUUGGUCAAACCCUUAAAGAUUACUCUAAUACCCAGAUCUCUCGUUAAACAGAAAAAAAAACAUGUUGUGAUAUAUAUUUUAGUAGUUUUCCGACGCCCAAGAGAAAUACCACGGUGCAGUUGUAAUUGGAAAGAAUAAAUCAAUUAAUGUUCUUAGAACUAUUUUUUUUUUUGUUUUAGUAUAUGAUUAAUUACUAUUAUACUUUUUGUCACACUAACUUAUGAUUUUAAGGAGGUGAAAUGUAGAAAUUAUAGUUUGUCGUUUACGUACGAUUCUAACAUAACGAAUUAGUCGACGUCGACUAACUUAUGUUUUUUCCAAUUAUAUACUAAACGCGUCCAGGGGCAAAUCACUGAAACUGAUUUAUUUUCUUAUUCGUAAUUUGUUGCUACUUUUAAUCAGACAACCCGUUUCCAACUGUUUGUGGUUAUUUUAACCAUCUUCAUUUUCUUUCAGGUUUAGUUUUGAGUUGUUCUAGUCACCUAAGAUUGGGUUUCAGCUGCCUUUAGGGGUUAUCUUUUUGGGAAUGUUUUAAUAUUUUCUGCCAGUUUUUGUGUUCAACUUGUAUAAUUGACGUUUGAAUCAGUAGUAAUCUUCAGAUGGAAAAACAAAUCAGACAAACCCUCUUAACCCACAAGUCAAUAGUUGUUGACUAUAACAGUAGAACGACAAUUCUUUUGGUGGCACAAAACGAGGACAAUAUUCAACAUCAGUUACGUAUAAACACUUUUGACAUUAUAUAUUAAGCUAAAGGCUGAAGAUCGAAGUCCAUAGCUACAUACAGGUUUAAGAUAAAGGAAACUAAACGAUAAACAAGGAAAAUAAAAUAUAGUGGCCGUAAAUUAGGAUUUUCCCUAAAUUAGAAUUAUAAGCCUCUCAAAACACAGUUGCAACUUGCAAGUAAUAUUUUCAUACAGUAAUUCUUAACCAUUUUCAUAAUUCAAACAAAUGAAUCAAAUAUAGAUCACAAAGAAAGAGAUUUUUUUGGUAUUCAAGGCAAUAGCAAAAUCUAUGAGAGAAUAAUUACGUGUUCCAGUGGCAUUGGAUCAUGACCAGACGCAGUAGCGUGCUUAUGUUAGAUGAGGUCUAAGGCAAAAUUUUAAAAGAAAAUAGAUUAAGUGAAGGAAGAAUUGAGCUAGGGGCCCUUCCUCACACAUACACUUUAAUUUACCACUACACCAUAACAAACAUUUUGUAAUUUGGAGCCCCAAAAACUAUAUUUAUUUAGGGGCCUGAGAUAAAAGUUUUUUUUAAGACAUAGUGGGCACGGCUCUGACCAGACGUACUCCGAGAAAUGCGGCUGUUUGCCGAUCUCUUUACUUCCCAGUCACUUGCUUUUUUCCCACAAGUGCAGCACUGCGGCAUCUCAUUAUGCCCUUUCACAUUUAUAUUUUAUUUAUAUACUACUGUUAAUAAUGUGAUUAUAUAUUUUGGAAAUUUAUUUAUUUAGUCAUUACUCAUUACGAUAGCCGUCAAAAGUUAAUACGGUAAUUUAUUUAUGUUACACGACAAAGAGAAUAUUUGAUUCUUCGGUCGAGUCUAGUGAGAUAUUUACUGUCCAAUCAUUUGCCGCAACAAUACAAAUUGUUUUUUGGACAAUAUAUGAUCGUUACCGACUCAUAUAAAUUAUAUAAUUGCGUGUUCCAAAUUUAAGAAGAAAAGGAAUUGAAAACGAACCAAAAAAAACUAAUCAACACGGUAUGCCCAAAAAGAGAUAAUACAAACUACACAUCCAUCUUUCAGUUUUUGAAGAAGGUUAAAAACUAAUGGGUGGUGAACCAAAUAAGAGAUAAUCCAAUUAAACGCACAAGACUUGGUCGUAUAUUAUAUAAUAUUAAUAUUAGUUCCUUAUAUCAUUCACCACCUUUUAAUAUAUAUUAGUUUAUUAUAUACUUUAUAAAUAAAGAGUACAAAUCUGAUCCUUCCUCCUUCUCUAACAUGGAGAAGUGGUCGAAGAUGUUUACAUUCUGAAAGUCAGCAUCUCUCUCGUUUCAUCAUCCUCUUACUAUUUUCCCAACAAAAUAAUCAACAUCCAUAACACGAUUACAUAAAUCUUACUUCUCUCUCGGAUUCUUAAUCAUUCUUUUUUUCUUUCUUGCUAUUUUUCACCGUGUUAUAUAUCACAUAUACAUAAAACACACACAUACACACGCGUCAUAGACAUAUUAUGUGCAGUGUCUUUGAGUCUUUAGACAUGGACAACUUCCAAGGAGACCUAACCGACGUUGUACGAGGACUCGGAUCAGGACACAUGACAUCAUCUCCUGGGCCACCGGAAGGUCCAUUUGCAAUCAGUUUGUCUACGCCGCCGACUUCAGAUUUCCACGUGGAUUUUCCCUCCGUCGCAAACUCUCAGAUGAAUCCCUUCGGCGACCCGUUCGUAAGCAUGACAGAUCCUCUCCUCAGCCUCCCGGCCAACUUCUCCGGCGCUGGAGAUAGCAAAAGCAACAACAGUUUUGCAGUCUUUCCAAACACUACUGUGGAUGAUCAUGUCAAGAAUCAAUGCAGUGUCUUCCCAAGAAUCCGGAUUUCGCAAAGAAACAUCAUCCAAGAUGCAUCCAAGUGUAAUUCUCCAGCUAUGGCCACCUCCUCCGUCACAGCAGCUUCUCCGUGGGGGAUGAUCAACGUUGAUAGCCCUAACAGUCCAAGAAACUGUUUACUGGUCGAUAAUAAUAACAUCACGUCAUCUUCUUCGCAGAUUCAGAUCUCUUCUUGCCCUCAGAAUUUUGGCAUAACGAGGAGGAAGGGCCAGGGAAAGAAGGUGGUGUGCAUACCUGCUCCAGCCGCCGCGAGCAGCCGGUCCAGUGGAGAAAUUGUUCCGUCUGAUCUGUGGGCCUGGCGAAAAUACGGUCAAAAACCCAUCAAAGGUUCUCCUUAUCCCAGGGGUUACUACAGAUGUAGCAGCUCGAAAGGUUGUCCAGCUAGGAAACAAGUGGAACGUAGCCGCACCGAUCCAAACAUGUUAGUCAUUACUUACACAUCAGAACAUAACCAUCCAUGGCCCACUCAACGCAACGCUCUCGCCGGCUCUACUCGUUCUUCUUCAUCCUCUUCUUCAAACCCUUGUUCCAAAUCCACAAUCGCAACGACUUCUGCCUUGUCCAGAGUCUCCCAAAACAAAGAGGAACCUAAUAGGUCCCACUUGCCAUUCUCAUCCACUCCUCCUCCUUAUGUAGCCAAAGCGGUUAAGGAGGAAGACGCUGAGGAGCGUAAGGAUAAUAUGGAGUUCGAUGACGUUGACGACACCUAUAGACCGGAGUUUCAGCAUCAGCUGGGGGAUUUCUUCGCCGAUCUUGACGAGCUUGAGGAAGAUUCUCUAACUAUGUUGCUCCCUCAAGGAUUCUCCGGAGAUAAUAGCGGUGGAGGUAACCUGGAUAACAAAAGAAUGAUUCCUGACGUUUUUAGCGAUUUCUUUGACGACGAUUCCCCAAGAUCGUUAUAAAUAUACCAAAGUUCAGUAAAAAGAUCGUUAUAAAUAUUCUUAGUAUCAAUGUAAUUAGUCAUGAAUUUCGUGUAAUUCGAUUAACUUAGAUGACGGUAUUAGCCUGCCGUAGAGCAUGGUCUAUGAUGGUAAUCUCGCGAUUUAUGUUACAUUUUUUUUGGGGG